CAAUUAAAGAUUUGAUUUUUUUGGUGGGUUUUUCGUGGAAUAACGAAGUAUAAUGAUGACAGGGGAAUAGAACAAUUCUGAGCUUCUGGGUUUUUGUCUGUGUAAGUAAUGGGAAACAAUGAACCCAAGAGGCUAUACCAAAGUUGGAAGGGAAGCAAUAAUUUUCUCUUUGGGGGGAGAUUAAUAUUUGGUCCUGAUGUUGCAUCUCUUACCAUGUCUGUGUUUCUUGUUGCUGUCCCAGCAACUGCAUUUUGUAUAAAGGUUUAUUUUAAGCUCCAACAUGUAACAAAGAAGGAGGACAGCAUUUGGUAUCCUGUUUUAAUUGUUGGCUCGUUGCUUACUGCUUUGGAUUUAACAUUAUUGUUCUUGACAUCUGGUCGGGAUCCUGGGAUAAUCCCUAGAAAUUCAAAUCCUCCUGAGCCUGAUACAGAUGAAGCAUUCGAUGUAGGUACCCCAUCAAUGGAGUGGGUUCAUGGGAGAACCCCUCAUCUGAAACUACCACGAAUAAAAGAUGUCAUUGUUAAUGGUCACUCGGUAAAAGUAAAGUACUGUGAUACUUGUUUGCUUUAUCAGCCUCCCCGUGCAUCUCAUUGUUCUAUCUGCAACAAUUGUGUUCAGCGGUUUGAUCAUCACUGUCCAUGGGUUGGUCAGUGCAUUGGAGUUCGUAACUAUCGAUUCUUCUUCAUGUUCAUAGCAACAUCAACCAUUCUGUGCCUAUAUGUUUUCUCCUUCACUUGUGUCAACCUUAGUGAGAAAGAGAAUAUUGGGAGAGCUAUCUCAACUGAUAUUCUAUCAGAUUUACUUUUAGUUUACUGCUUCAUUGCCGUCUGGUUUGUGGGUGGCCUUACAAUUUUCCAUUCCUACUUAAUAUGCACCAACCAGACGACGUAUGAGAAUUUCCGGUAUCGUUAUGAUAUCAAGGAGAAUCUAUAUAACAAAGGAGUUAUACGGAACUUCAAAGAAACUUUUUUCUCCAAUGCCCCUCCUUCGAUGAUUAGAUUUCGAUCAUUCAUUGAGGUAGAUGAACAGGGGAUUGUAGAAUUGGUAACCCCAAACUUUGAGGAAGGUAUUAUGAGCUCAAAAGAGAAAAUUGAUAUUGAAAUGGGAACUGAGAUAUUGGAUGAAAAUGGCUUUGCAAUUCCACAUAUGUUGCGAAAUCUUAAAUAUGCUGAUUGUGUGGAGGAUUUGAAGAAUCAAGGGACGAGCAAGAACCUGGUUCAUUCGACUCUUUUCAGCCAGAAGGAAAAGAAUCAUUGGAGUACUCAGAUAAAUAGAGAUGAAAGUACAGAAUCUGUGCAAAACUAUACUGCAAGGAAUGCACUUAUGCAGUAAACUAUUUUCAUGGAUGGAGCAAUGGAGAAAGGUGAUUCUGGAAAUAAUUUUCAUCAAACCGGAUCAUAUGUUUUCCGAUCACAAGGGAUAUGCCUAGUUAUUGUUCCGUUAUCGAACCAUUCUUAUUUCAGGUUUAUCAACUGGUUCAUUUUUGUGUACGUAUUUUUCUUUGAAGCUAAUAGAUUCUUUAUAAUCACCUCAUUAUAUGCUUUUGCUUUACUAGGGUAUCGGUACUGCAAAUCAGGAAGUUGAUGAAGUACCAUACAUGUUCCGUAAGCUAUGAUGUACAAAGAAUUCAUCUUGUCAUGUAUGCUUUGUAAUGAACAUAUGUUUGCAGUAGUGGAAUUGCACAAGAUUGCUAUACCAGUAGUUACACCAGUUGAUGCUCAAAGAAUUCACCAUGUGAAAAUUGCUACUCCAUAUAGGGGUGGGAAACAUGCUUCUCACGGUGGAUUGGAGGAGCGCGCAUGGUAGGUUUCUUGCUGCAUUUGCACAACUUGUGCUUCAUGCAAAUUGCCAUACUAUAAGGUCUGAAAUCUGCAUCUAGAACACGUUGAAUUGGAAACAGACCAGCUUUUACCUUAAAAUCAAGCUGAGAUAGCACUCAGCAUUUGAUGCCAAGUGAAAUAAACCCCCAUUACAAUUUCCCACAAAAGCUUUUUAAAGACUAUUCCGAAACAAACUUUCCUUCCACAAUAGAAAGUAGCAGCUGCUGCAACAGUAAAAAUCUAUAAAGAAUGAGCUUGGUUGUAUUUCACUGACACUGGCUGCUGUGAUGGUUGCUCAAUGAAGCCAUGGCUGCUCUGAUUUUAUUUAUAUACCAAACUUGAUUACUUUAGCUCCUUUGCUGAGAGACAGAGAACAAGAGACAGGAGUUCCUCGAAUUU